AUGCAGGAGAUGGCUAGCAAAAGGCUACAACUUCAGAGGGCAGCAGACGAGGCAGCUCAGGCAGCUGUCACACCGGCGGCAGUUGGUACAGCUCCCCUACGGCCGCCUCCGACAGUGGAGCCUCAGCGCACCGGGCGUCUGUGGCCCUCGCGCAAGCCACCGGUAUCGACCGAAAGCCCCAGCUCGGGCGAAUUUUACGUCCUACAAGAUAGUAGUUCGGAGCUGGAGAAGAACGGUGCGGUGACCGCUCAAGCUCCUAGCACGGACGGUGUCACGGACGACUCUCCGAUUACAUCGGAGUCUGACCCGAACAUGGCUCCGGACGUCGCGCGGGCAAGGCCUCGCCUAUCCUCAGAAGAUCGAGUCCGUCAAAAAGACUCUAAACAACGAGGGACAGCGUUCGAGAUCUCGGGACCGACGCUCCUAGCCAAACAACGUCUCGAACGCAAAAUAUGUAAGCGGCUGGUUAAACAGCAGCAGAAAGGACAGUGCACGUCGAUCCCAAUGGACCCUCGUCCAGAGAUCGGCCCUUUUCAUUUGAACGAUUUAUAG